CAUCAACAAGAAAUGUCAUUCUUAAGGCUUCAAGAAAUCCAUUUUAGCCAGCAUCUCGGGCCCGUUUCUGAAGGGACAAGGGGCACCAAGAUGCUUUACAAGAUGGACUUCUUCUAGCUCUAACCUUCAGACUGACCACGUUAAUCAGGAAGACCAAGAUGACGAUAGCCUUCCCGGUUCUCGCAGUCCUGACGCGGUGUCCGUAAGUACAGAAACCGUAGAGUCGGAGUCUCUGGAGGGUGGGUCACCAGCGGAAUCCAUAUUGGAGGACAGCUCGGAAGACGAGGAGGAAUUACUGAACGUGGAAAGUGAG